GGCCUAAAUUCAUUUCCUCCCUUCAAACUUGCCGAAGAAAAAUCACGCACAUAGACAUAGCGGCGCCCUAGAUACAUGCUAUAGUUUGUGUUUUUUUCUCUUAUAAUUGAGGUCAUGAGCAAAAUCAUGUCCGAUAAUCCUCCCGAUUGGUCUCAAUUCUAUCAACAAAAUCUCUCGAACCAAGGUUUACCUCCUAUUCGACCCAUGUUCAACGAUCGUGGUGUCGCUGAUGUGAAUAUCAUCACCAGCACCACCAUGGACACGGCUAGCAUAUCGAACCCAAUGGGUUCGGGCAAUCCUAGCUCAAGUGGUCAUUUGAGCCCUGAAGGUCGAGUUGCCAAGCCUAUUCGUAGAAGGUCUAGGGCUUCAAGAAGAACCCCGACAACAUUACUCAAUACAGACACCACGAAUUUCCGAGCCAUGGUGCAACAAUUCACUGGGGGUCCUAGUGCACCAUUUGCAACAGGAUCACAAAUUAAUGCCACAAAUUUUGGUUAUGCAGUAGGUGUUCAUCGUCAAGGCCAUCAUGGUAAUCACCCCAGUCCAGUUAUGAUGCCCCCGGGGUAUCAUUUGCAAUAUCAGCAGCAGCAGCAAUUUCAGCAGCAAAGCCAGCCACCGCCAUCAUACAUGUUCUCACUGAGAAACAGUAAUAUGGGUACUAAUACUAGUACUACCACUGCUCCCGGUGAUGUGUUUUUUCAAAGACUUGGAAACCCUAGAGCCUCUACAACCAUGGAAGUCUCUGAUCAUGGGUACUCAACUGAAGGAGCUGUAAUUUCCUCCCUGGUGGCUCCUCCUUCUAGGCCUCCAUCUUCCAGCUCCAAUGAGAACAGAAGUAAUACUUUCUUAUUCUGAGAGGGACAUAAAGACGAAAGUUAGGCACUGACUUGUCCUAUGAGACAACCAUUGACCAACGUAAAUAUUAUGCUACUCGUGACACUUGAUAGCAUUUUUUUUUCUUUUUUUUCAUUGGUUUUCUUUCUUCUUUUUGCUUGGCUCUAAAAUGUGGCAAGUACUUUUCUAUUUAAGUCUGCCACAUGCUUUGUUUCUUAGCUCUUUUUUUUUUUAAUUUGUUGCUUUCGAUCAUUAGAAAUAUAUUGUUAAUUAUAAUUUUCAAGGCAUUUGGUUUGCUUUCAAAAACCAUGGGCCAAGUAUGAUUCAAGGAAAUAAGUAUGCUAGCUCGUUUCAUUCA